AUGACAUUUAAAUGUCAAACAAAAAUAUUAUCAAUAUUAACUCAACAAUCAUUAACAAUUUAUUUAAUAUUUUCUUUAAAUAUUUUAAUUUUAAAUGCUGAUCAACAAUUGCCAGCUCAAGAAAAGGAAAAUAAUAAUAAAGAAAAUAAUUCUCCUGUCCAAACAAAUUGUGUUGAUUCGGAUCCAAAAUGUUCUUUAUGGGCUAGUCAAGGAGAAUGCCAAACUAAUGCUAUUUGGAUGAUGACAAAUUGUCGACAGUCCUGUCAAAGUUGCCAAGGCGGUGAUCGUGCCUGGCAAUUACGAAGUGAAUUAACUAAAAACUAUGAUAAUUCAACUUCUGCAAAUGCUACAAGACUUGUUUCUGUUGAAAGUGUUAGAAUACAACAUAUGGAAAUUGAUGAAAAUAAAGAACAAGCUCGAGUUUUUGGAAGACUUGUACUUUCCUGGAAUGACUCCAAAGUUAGCUGGGAUAGAGAAAGUUGGGGUUUGUCUUGGCUAAACUUCUAUUGGGUACAGGUGUGGACACCACAACUUUUACAAAUUAACGCGUUGGACCGUCAACGUAUUUGCUACCAAUUUGAUGAUAAAAGAUAUUUUGCUGUUAAAUUUAUUGUUUCAGAAGAAGUUCGUAAUCGACAGCAUGAGUCUAUUCAAGAUGCUCAUGUUUCUGGUUGGGAUAUUGAACAGUUGGAUAUUUCUGACAGCAAAUACACAGUGCAAAUAUUGGGUGACUGGCGUCAAAACCCCUUCGAUAUUCAAACCACAAAUUGCGAACUCUGUAUUGAAUUACGGCGCUCAGCAGUUUAUUAUUUUACUGAAAUGGUCUGUCCAGCAUUGGUUAGCUCUGUAUUGACACUUUCUUCUGUCCUCUUUCAAUUAGCGUUGGGACAACCAGCAAUGCUUUGUUUUAGUAUUUUGUGCCAAUUAAUGGGAUUACAAUUAUUAAAUGCUCGAUUACCUUCUUAUACUGGAACAGUACCGACAAUAUGUAAGGAGAAGUUAAACUCUCUCUUAGUUGUCUAA